GAAAUAAACAAGAGGACUAUAGCUAGAUUCCCAGUAGUAGCAAACCCAUAUACACUAUUGAGCAAACUAAGCCCAAGUGAUCUGUGGUACAGUGUAAUAGACUUAAAAGAUGCCUUCUGGGCUUGCCCUCUUGAUGAAUCCAGUAGAGAUUAUUUUGCCUUUGAGUGGGAAGACCCGGACACAGGGAGAAAACAACAGCUUAGAUGGACAGUAUUGCCCCAAGGGUUUACGGAAUCCCCAAAUCUGUUUGGACAGGCACUAGAGCAAAUUUUAGCAGACUAUCAGACAAAUCCCGAAGUAACUCUAGUACAAUAUGUUGAUGACUUGUUGCUAGCAGGAAAAGCAGAAGAAAAAGUGCGAAGAGAAAGCAUAAAGCUCCUAAAUUUCUUGGGACUCAAGGGUCUGAAAGUCUCAAGAGCUAAGCUACAAUUUGUAGAGGAAGAAGUAAAAUAUUUAGGACAUUAUCUAAAGAGAGGUGAAAAGAAAAUAGACCCAGAGAGGAUUCAGGCUAUAUUAUCACUGCCUAUACCUAAAAACAAAAGGCAGAUUCGACAAAUUUUAGGUCUUACUGGGUAUUGUAGACAAUGGAUCGAAAAUUAUAGUAAUAAAGCUAGAUUUCUAUAUCAAAAACUAACCCAAGAGGGGUUGAUGAAGUGGACUCAAGAAGACACUGAUAAGUUCAAAGAAUUAAAAGAGAGUUUAGUACAUGCUCCAGUCUUAAGUCUUCCAGACUUAAAAAGACCAUUCUUUUUGUUUGUGAAUAUAGAAGAAGGAGUUGCGUUUGGAGUACUUGCCCAGGACUGGGCAGGAAAGAAGAAACCUGUAGCUUAUCUAUCAAAAAUUUUAGACCCUGUAAGUAGAGGCUGGCCCACAUGCUUACAGAUAUUAGCCGGAUGUGCCUUAUUGGUAGAAGAAGCUAGAAAAAUCACUUUUAAUAGCAAUCUAAAGGUAUUAUCUCCUCACAAUAUUCGAAGCGUAAUGCAACAAAAAGCAGAUAAAUGGAUAUCGGAUACUAGGCUCCUAAAGUAUGAAGGAAUCUUAUUAGAAGCACCAAGUUUUACCCUGGAGACCACCACUUUACAAAACCCAGCUGCCUUCCUGUAUGGGGAAGUAGAACAGGGACCCCUGAUUCAUGACUGCUUAGCCACCAUAGAGGAACAAACAAAAAUUAGGCCCGAUUUAGAGGAAGAAGAAUUAGACACAGGAGAAAAAUUGUUCGUAGAUGGAUCCUCCCGGGUGGUGAGAGGAGAAAGAAAAUCUGGAUACGCUAUUAUAGGGGGAACAGAUCUACGAGUAAUAGAAUCAGGAGCCUUAGACAAGUCAUGGUCAGCCCAAGCGUGUGAAUUAUACGCUAUACUCCGAGCCUUGACUCUCUUAAAGGGAAAAGAAGGAACCAUAUAUACAGACUCCAAAUAUGGGUUCGGAGUAAUACAUACCUUUGGGAAAUUAUGGGAAGAAAGGGGACUAAUAAAUUCACAGGGAAAAGGCCUAGUUCACCAAAAACUUAUAACAGAAGUGUUGCAGGCCUUAAGGGGACCAAAAAGAAUAGCAGUGGUACACCUAAAAGGACACCAAGCAGGAAUAGACUUUAAAAGCAGGGGAAACAAUGCUGCUGACCAAGAAGCAAAACGGGCCGCAGUGAGAGAGAUGGUUUUACAAGAGAAACCACAAUCUAGGGGGGCACCGGAAGAAGAUAUAGAACUGAUAUUUACUAGUGAAGAAAAAGAAAGGUUAAGGAAAAUGGGGAUAAAAGAAAAUAACGGGAAGUGGGUAACUGAAGAUGGACGAGAAGUAUUGCCCAAAGCAGUAGCCCAGAGAGUGCUUUAUAAAUUACACCAGAGCACACAUUGGGGGGCUCAGGGGCUAGCUGAUCAUUUUGCCACAAAAUAUAUAAGUAUUGGACUACACGAUAUGGCCAAAUACAUUACUAAAAACUGCCCCACCUGCUUACGAGUCAAUCGUAGUAAUUUAAGAAAAUUACCUCAAGGAGGGCGACCAUUGGCUAAAAGACCAUUCGCAAAUUUGCAAAUAGACUUUACAGAACUCCCCAAAGUGGGGCGAACUAGGUAUCUUUUGGUGAUAGUAGAUCACCUUACCCACUACGUGGAGGCAUUCCCAACUAGCAGGGAAACAGCCCGGACAGUAGUGAAAAUCCUGCUCGAGGAAAUAGUGCCCAGGUACGGAGUACCUGAAACUAUUGACUCAGAUAAAGGUCCGCACUUUACAUCAAAAAUAACACAAGAACUAGCGGAAGCACUUGGAAUAAAAUGGGGGAAGCAUACUCCUUACCACCCACAAAGCUCAGGAAGGGUAGAAAGGAUGAAUGGAGAAAUAAAAAAACAAUUGACCAAAUUGGUAUUAGAAACCAAAUUAUCAUGGGUAAAGUGCGUUCCACUAGCCUUGCUCAAUAUUCGGACCCAGCCAAGGGCAGAUGUGGGAAUAUCCCCGUUUGAAAUGCUAUACGGAAUGCCAUACAACCUAGAAAAAGUACAAACCAACCCCAAUAUUAGUGAUUUACAUCUUAAUAAAUACCUGGCCGUAUUAAUGAAGUUCAAAAAGCAAUUAUGGGAAAAGGGAAUGUGGGCUCAGAGACCACCUUUAGAUCUUGUAUUACAUCAGGUACAACCCGGAGAUUGGGUUCUAAUCCGAAGCUGGAAAGAAAACCCGCUGACUCCAAAGUGGGAAGGACCGUAUCUCGUACUGCUUACUACGGAUACUGCCGUACGAACAACAGAAAAAGGAUGGACCCACGCCAGUCGGAUAAAAGGACCAGUAGAUCCCUCUAAAUUCUCUGAAGAACAUAACACUCACUGGAAAGCAGAACCGACUAGUGAUUUAAAGCUUGUUUUAAAAAGAGGAUCUGCAAAGAACUGUGGUGAGUCCACUGCCAGUGGGGGAGGGCUCCUAGAAGUGUAUGUCAACCCUGCUGGGAAAACAGCGUGAGUCGACUGCUUUAACCCUACACCAAAAGCUAAAAGUAGGAUCCCCACUUUAGUGGCAAAUAUUUUCUAAAAAAAAAAAAAAAAAAAAAAAAAAAAUAUUAAUCCUAAUCUACAUUGCUAUCACCCUAACAAACCUCCAGGACCGUUUAACACAGAUAUUGUGUUGGUAAAGUGUCGUAAGCAAGUAAAGCAAGUUAGGUGUAACAUUCCACCGCUGAAAAACCAAAAUUAGCAUUCCAAAAGGAAGUGGAAGAGAAAAGUAAACCCUGCCCCUGAAAAAUAUCCUUGCUGCCGUGAAGAUGGUACUCCUCGCAGCUAGUGGCAACCUGGUUGGCGAGCGAGGCAGAGGGAUAGAAUGUGGGGAAAAGGGACCUCGCAUAAAAAUAACAGCAAAAAGGCUUACGACUCUCAAAUACCAGAGGCACGAGGGUAAUAGCAAUGGCCCAUCGGGAGUUAAAAAAGUUAAUUGUACUCACCAACCUGGCAUUAGACUCCACCCAGUUCUAUUUCUAAUCACAAUAUUAAAAUUUGUAAAAAGUGAACAAGAAAGCCAUGAACCCUUCAAGUGGUCAUUGAUAAGGUGGGAAGACCAACGGACUAUUAGAGAAAAUAUUACCAUCGGCCCGCCCAUAUUUCGAACGCCCCUAGGAUUCUUAGGGCCAAAUUGGUACCCAAAUCAAAGUGCCCCCUUUUAUAUGUGCCCAGCCUCGAACCCUGGAAAGGGGUAUUGUAAUCGCCCUGGAGAAUAUUAUUGUGCUUGUCAAUAUAGUUAAAAGUAAAUUAGAAGCUGCUCAUUUAAUGCUUAUAAAAGCAAAAUAUGAACCACUAAAAGGAGAAAAGAUAGAAGAUUAUCUAGAAUUAAGUAAGAAAGAACUAGCGAGAUACAGUGAACAAAAAGAGUAAAAAGAAGAAGGGGGGAUUGUAAUGAGAAAUUAACCUUUAUGUUCACUGUUAAUCAAAAGAAUAAAAUGUAAAUAAAUAUGUAACUGCAGAUCUGCGUGUACAGAUCUACGUGUAUAGUCCAUUCACGUCACUAACAAAGAACCACAGGGAACAAAUACUGCCAUAACAAUUAACCAUAACUUAUCUUAAGAACAUUGUAGCCCAGGGUCAAGGGAAGAACAUAGAAAGGACCGAAGAAGAUUUUCAUAGGUCUUCCUCACCGACCAUCAGGAGGAAGGACUGUGUGCAUGCGCAGAAGACACCGGAAGAAUGACUCG